AUGGAUGUUGCAACAAAAGCUUCACCUACAUUAGGUAAUGAUUACUUUAAAGUUAUAGAAGGCUCUGGCCCUACUUUAAAUUAUAGCACAAAACCAAAAACACUUACUACCAAUUGCAUUAAAAUGGCUCCAAAAAUUCAACAAACCAAAGCCGCUAAAGCUGCUGCCGCUUUAGCUGGUGGUAAAAAAGGUAAAAAGAAGUGGAAUAAAGGAAAAGUUAAGGAUAAAGCUCAACAUUUAGUUAUCUUAGAUCAAGAAAAAUAUGAUAGAAUUUUAAAAGAUGUUCCAACUUAUAAAUAUGUUUCAGUAUCAGUUUUAGUUGAUAGAUUAAAGAUUGGUGGUUCAUUAGCUCGUGUUGCUUUAAGACAAUUAGAAGAAGAUGGAAUUAUAACACCAGUUUUAAAACACUCAAAACAAUACAUUUACACCCGUGCUCAAUAA